GACCGCGGGGCGGGUACAUUCAUUGUGCGCCUUUAACGCGCGCUUUUUACGCACAGCACCUUUAUGUGAUUCAGGCUAGAUGCUAAAGUAGCCCCAGCGUUGGCCUCGCAGACCGCAGAUCCACAAAAGACACUCGCUAUCGCUGCGAUUCACUUGCUCAACACCGGCAGUCUGCUCAUCCGCAGGGGAAGUGCCAUUGGCUGCGACAGCGUAGUGUUCAGCAACAAACUUUGCUAUGGGCAAAAAGUCUCGCGAAGAGGAGUCUUCAUCCUCUGAUGAGGAAGAAUAUGUUGUGGAGAAGGUGCUGGACAGGAGGGUGGUGAAAGGCAGGGUUGAGUUCUUCCUGAAGUGGAAAGGAUACUCAGAAAAGCACAACACGUGGGAGCCAGAGAAGAAUCUGGACUGCCCAGAGCUUAUUUCAGAAUUCAUGAAGACCUACAAGAAAAGCAGCAGCAGCAGCGGUGGGAGCUCCACACCUAGCAGCGGGGCCAGCAAAUCAAGCACAGGCUCCUUGGGGCGGUCCAAAGACUCCAGUACCUCAAAGAAGAGAAGCUCAGAUGAUGAUGAGGAGGGUGGAAGUAAGCCCAAAAAGAAAAAGGAGGAUGACAUUCUAGUUGCACGUGGCUUUGAGAGAGGACUCGAGCCAGAGAAGAUCAUAGGAGCAACUGACUCUUGUGGUGACCUAAUGUUUCUUAUGAAGUGGAAAGACUCUGAUGAGGCUGAUCUCGUGCUCGCCAAGGAAGCCAAUCAUAAGUGCCCACAGAUAGUCAUAGCCUUCUAUGAGGAGCGUCUCACCUGGCACGAAGACGGUGACAAGAAGGAGAAGGAUGCAGUCAGUGUGUGAGUGCAUCACCUCAGGAGGAAGCAGGUUCACAGGAAACCUCCUCCACUGCAGGGGACUGCCUUGAGUCAGAUAUUUUUUCACACCCAAACCUCCCAUCCUCCCUCUUUACCAUGUCCAACAACGACACAUAAACAGCGGACACAGUCAUGUUCUCUUCAUGGUGAGAAGGAUCCAUCCGACAGGAGGAGAAGCUGUAGUGGACAUGGGAUGAUAUGCUACUGAGGAGGGUUUCUGCUGUUCUGUCUUUGUAUUCUUUACCUUCUUUUUAAUGUCUUAACAUGUUUUAGUGCUUAAAGGAUGUGAUUAUGUCAGUAAGGUGUUUUGCAUCCAUGGCCAUCUGUUAAAACUCAGACCAUAGUCUUGGUAGCCAGAGGUGGCACAAGCUGCGUUAACCAUGAGCUUGUCCCACGGCAGGAACACAACCCCAUUCUGAAGUCUCCAUAAGCUGUGCACCUCUUUGCUUUAAGAUCUCACUAACAUCACUGAGGAUAAAACCGUAGUCUCGAUAUUCAGGAAGCAACCACCGCAGCACUUUCCUGACUGCAUAAUCACUUCCUUUUUAAGAAACUUUUUAUCUCUUGUAGAUUUUUCAGUUUGUCUUGUCUACCAGGAUAUAACUACUCAAUUUGCGAACUUGCAGAUGACGCCGGCCAAUUUUGUCUUUAUAACAGUGAUGGUAUCCUAGUUUCUUUUUUUUAUAUGUCAUUUUUAUCUUUUCUCAUUUCCAAAUUUUGACAUGUGAACUUUGUGUGAUGAUUUUUUUUUUUUUUUUCAUGAUUUCUUUAUGCGAUUACCUGUUCAAGAAAAGGACAAUAAAACAAAUUUUGCUCUGUUUUUUUUUUCUUUGUAACUCCAGUGUUAUCUUUGGACCAGUCUUAUGUUAAGAGGUUAGACAAUCUUCACUGUAUCCACAUGAAAUGAAACCAGCAUUCAUCACCACCAGUCACUUGGGUCUGCCACCUUGUGGCUAAAAAAUUAAAAUCUUUUGGCCCAUGUGACCAAUCUAUGAUGACAAACCCUGAAGUUUUAAUGGUGUUAUUCUAGCUAGUGAUUAUUAUUAUUUUUUUAAACAGUAUAAUGUGAUAAAAUCAUUUGAGUAUUUUUAAUUUUUUUUUCUCGUAAUGUUAAUUCGAACUAAUUAAAACCAGUCUCUGAUUGAAUUAUGCAUAUCCUGGGUUUGAUUGUAAUGCGUAAUUUGAUUGUUCUUGAAUAUGAGUAUUAAACAUUUCUGGGACAAUGUUGCUGACUGUCAAGCAGAGGUCACAUCUUACACAAGAUGGAUGCCGGUUUUGUAGUUUGAUCGGCUGUGCUCUGACAUGGACUCUUAGGACCAAAUGUUUAGUUUGUACAGACUUUUUGCUUUAAUUGGCAUUGUGAACGAAGGUUGUAAUUUUCUUCCCUCUCAUACAUACAGUACAUUUAUCACGUCCCUUGGUAUCACUUAUGGUUUCGUUUAAUUUCAUUAAACAUAUUUUGUCCUUUCA